UCGUCGGUCGUUCGAAUGGAGUCAUCAGCGAUUUUGCGAUUGCCUAUCUGCGAUUCUCGAGAAUCAUUCUCGAAUCUCGAACUUCUCACAGUCGUGUUAAUGGCAGCCUCCAAUGGCUCUAAUGUUAGAUCAGGUUAAGUUGAGCUGGCCAUUGUCGGCGGUAAAAAAUAUUUUUGACAGCUGACUUCGUUACACGUGCUUUACUCGAAAUUUCUGUUAAUAAUGGUUUAUUAUUUUACAAGUGAAGUUGUACAACCACCCAUUACCUUGUUUAUGGGGGUUGAUAAAUUUGAAAAUGAGGAUCUCAUUAAGUGGGGCUGGCCAGAAGAUGUAUGGUUUCAUGUAGAUAAAUAUUCAUCUGCUCAUGUGUACCUUCGACUGCGACAUGGUCAAACAAUAGACGACAUUCCCAGUACUGUAUUAGAAGAUGCCGCACAAUUGGUGAAAGCGAAUAGUAUAGAGGGGAACAAAAUGAACGAUAUUGACGUCGUGUAUACAAUGUGGUCGAAUUUGAAAAAGACACAAGGUAUGGAAAUCGGUCAGGUUGGCUUUCACAAGGACAAGGAUGUACGUAAGAUUCACGUUACUAAACGUAUAAACACUAUCGUGAAUCGCCUCUAUAAGACAAAACGUUUGGAGGUAGUAAACUUCAGUGCCGAGAGAGAACAGAGAGAUAGGAAUGAAAGGGAGGACAAAAAGAAACUCUUGAGGGAGCAGAAGGAGAAAGAAAAGGUGGAGGAAAAGCGACGUCAGGAGGAAGCAGAGAUGAGGAGUUAUAAUUCCCUGUUCAACACAUCCAACAUGACUUCAAAUACAGAAACCAGUGGAUACGAUUCAGACGAUUUUAUGUGAUGAAGAUAACAUUUACUUGUAGCGCGCGCCUUAUUUUAUAGUCUUCAAUAAGAUACUAAAAAAAAAUUUGAUUGGGGUCGAUAAUAUAAUAUAAUCAUUUGUGCACAUCGUUAAUGAAAUUUCAUAUAUAUUUCUUUUAUAGAUUUGGAAAUUCUUUCCCGAGUUAAAAUACACAUAUUAAUAUCAAUCUAUGAAUUGGAUUUUAUAUCGAGUACGAAUAAAAUUUUUUUCAUAUACUUAUCGACUUCUUUCGAAUCCGCACUCAUACAUACAUGAAAUUUUCAGAUACAUUAUUCUCUUAUACCAAAGCUCGUAGCUCAUUUCUGAAAGCACAUUAUUCUUUUCCAUAAUGAUAAGGGUGCAUAACAGUUAUUUUGUAUAUAAAGUCUUUAAAACUUAGUGCUGCAGAUUAAAGUUACGAGACGACUACACAAAACUAAUUUUCUAAUUUUGUCUUUUACAUGAAAUUAUAAUUACCCACCACAUAAUUUGUUAUUAUCUAUACUUUAAUUCUGGAGAAGGAUUUACAAUUCUAUGAAAUCAAUUAAAAGCAAAGUGUAUCCGAAAUUCAAUCGGUAAAACAGACGACUCCAGCAUCCCCUUAAGCUCGCACACGCGCGCGCGCGCGCGCGCACACACACACACACACACACACACACAAGAGGCUUGCAAAUACUUAGAUAUGUUACUAUAAUCUUAACGUAAUGUGAAAAAUAAAUUAUGGAACUAA